ACUCCGUUGUUCUAUAUUAAAAUGGGGUUCCUGUUGUAAUCACUCCUCUCUCUCUCUCUCUCUCUAGUCUUGCUCCUCUCUCCCUUUUCUUUUGAAAAAUAUGAGCGGCGGUUCUAGGGUUUCGAUUCCGAGCGUUCUACGGCAAACGAUCCAAGACAUCAAAGAGGUCGCCAGAAAACACAGCGACGAUGACAUAUACACAAUGCUCAAGGAGUGCAAUAUGGAUCCUAACGAGACCGCUCAAAGGCUCUUGUAUCUUGAUACAUUUCACGAGGUAAAAAAGAAACGUGAUCGGAGAAAAGUGAUCGUGAGCAGCAGAACCUCUGAAGACUCUAUGUAUGCACCAGGAAUGCAGGGGCGAGGUGCUAGGGGUGGUCGAGGGGACUAUUCUUCUUCUUAUAUCUCUUAUGAUGCUGUUGGCGGAAGGAAUGUGAGUGCUCGAAAGGAAAAUGGGGUCAACCAAUCAAUGAGAGGUUCUAGGCCUUUACCAGUUUCACAGAAAGCAGAAAAUAAUCCAACACCUCAUUUCUCCAGUUCUAGUCAUGAACGUGCCCCCCAAUCAUCUGCUGUUAAUAAUAGCAACCUCCCUAAAGGUAGUUCAACGACUGAUGCUAAUGAGGAGAGAACCGCACCACCUCCACCAACUUUUGAUGCAAAACAACCUCCUGCCCCCGUUGCACCUGGAGAUAGCAUUGAAGAAGGAAAGUCCACAUCAAGUUUCAGUGAGUUGCCAAAUCCUGUUGCAACAUCUGUAUCAGGUGUCUACUCUUCUGCAUCAGAUCCCAUCAUUGUCCCAGUUCAGAAUUCCCGGGUCUCUAAUGCAGUGGGUACAAUAAAACGUCAAGUCAGAAACCAAAGUAUAGCUGCUAAAUCUGGUGUCAGUGUCCCAACUGGGCGCAGGUCAAGUUCUGCUCAUGAUGUUGCAAACGGUAUUCAAGCAGUGGCAGUAACUGUGAACUCUACCAAUGGAAUGAGGCCAAGAAUAUCCCAGGAAGUCAAAAAUAGUCAGCUUCUUGAGCCUUCACAGCCCUUAUCUCCGCCAAUGGAUGAUGGUUGUUCGGUUAUCGAUUCCAAUCAGGAUUGUCAGACACCCAAGCAACUAAUCAGCCCUCCAAAAGUGGUUAAAUCUGAGGCAACUAUUGCAGUUGAAGCAAGUUCUCAGUCACUACCUCCACUGAAUGUCUCAGCUUUGAAGGAAGCAACUUCAAAGCUUGAUAUGAAGUUGGAGAAGCUUGUUAUCUUUCCUGACCAUCUCCAAGUCCCUGAAGCAUUUAAGAAUGGAUUGACUUUUGGAAGUUUGGAUCUCCAAGUCCCUGAAGCUAAUUCCAUCCAAGAAAAUGAUGAAGUUGCUAGGGAAGUUUCCCAGAGCAAUCCAAGCUCAAUUUCCCAAGAAGGAGAAUCUUUUGAUCAUCCACAAUCUCCUCGUGUGCCUGAAAAUCUAUCACCAUUGGAAGACAACAUCUCAGCUGGUGCUGUUUCGAAUUAUGACCAGUUGAAGCAAGAGAUGGUAUUGCCUCUAGGACCUCAGUACCCACUUGUUCAGACUACCCCAAACUAUACUUUUGCUUUUAGUUCACCAAUGCCAGGGAGCCAGCUCGUGCAAUCUGAAGGACCUGAGACUCAGGCAUGUGAUAUUGCUUGCUUGUUAUUGCCAUUUGUUUAUCAAUAUUUUAUGUAUUUGUUUUUUCAUUAUAUAUUUCCAUUUACAAUGAAGAUUCUAGGUGGUCACUUCAAUAUAUUUGAUAAAUUGCUUAUGCGAAAAGAUGGUGGGAAUGCUCUGGCUCUUUCUACAUCAGGUUCAACCCCCCCAGUGACUCAACCUGCAGGAGGCGUGCAGAGUUCUACAGCUGUAUCUCCUCAUCCGGUCUUCCGGCAGCCAUAUCCUCCUAACUACUUUCCCUAUGGCCCCUAUUUUCCUGGUUUUAUGCCCCAUUAUUCACACCAGUUUUUGGGCCCUGGUGUUUUCCCUCAGCAGCCUUCAACUGGCAAUGCAUAUCUACCCCCAACAGCUGCUGCCCCAGGGGUCAAAUUAGCCAAUAUUCCACAGGGCAAGCCGGGAACUAAUGCUGUAAAUCUGUCCCACUUAGGACUUCCACUUGGCUAUGGUUUAUAUAACACCCCUGUUGGUUACAAUACCAAUUCAGCCGUGAUUUCUGGGAGUUCUGCUGGUAAUGAAGAUCCUGCAGCAGCCACAUUGAAGGAAAAUAACCUUUACACAAAGGUUCAACAGACUGAAGGUCCACUACUCUGGGUUUCUCCAUCUGGCCGAGAUAAUAUAUCCAAUUUGCAGGCCAAUUCUUUCUACAACUUACAUCAAGGACAGCAUUUCAUGUUCUCACCUGCGCAGGUUGGCCAUGGCGCCUAUACUGGGGUGUAUCAUCCGGCACCGACAAUGGUUGCUUCAUCAACUGCUCCUCCACAAUUGAUACCAUCUCAGGCUAUGGGUGGACCGGUUGAAACUGUGGGACCCCCUCCUGUUUUUCCGCAGUCUCAACAUGCACUCGGUUGGAAUCGUAAUUGUUAAAUGAGGAAAGCAUUUGGGAGAAUUAUGAAACAAAGGCUUGAUCCUACAUGUAAAUAUAAAUUAAAAUUGCGGCCCAGAACCCUCGUGGAUGGAGAAAAGUUACUUUGGUGAGUGUAUGAAAAGAUCAAGUUAGUUGUACAUCUAGUAUCGCUUAUGCUGGUUUUGGUCGUCUCUUAAUCUUUAAACUUGCUCUUGCAAGUGAAUAGUUAGUUCUUCGUUCGUAGUCGAUGACUUUGAGGUUAUAGAAUAUUCAGACAGGUGGGACAUUCCAUUCUUUCCCCACUGACCUGUAUAUCAAAUUUUGAUAGGAAAGAAUGUAUGGAUUAUACACUGUAAUUGGAACGACAACAUUGGCGGCAUUUCUAUCCAUAUAUAAUCAAUUGCCUGAUGCGGCUUUUUAUUCA